AUGUCCGUCGCAGACACCCACUUCACCCUAAACACCGGUGCAAAAAUCCCAGCACUAGGCCUAGGAACCUGGCAAUCAGCACCAGGCGAAGUCGCAAGAGCCGUAAGUCACGCCAUCAAAGUCGGGUACCGCCACAUCGACACAGCGCUAUGCUACGGCAAUGAGAACGAGGUUGGGCAGGGCAUUAAGGAGGCUAUUGAUGCUGGUAUCGUGACACGUGAAGAGCUAUUUGUCACCACCAAGCUUUGGUGCUCGUAUCAUACUAGAGUUGAGGAGGGCUUGAAGCAGAGUUUAGUUAAUCUUGGGCUUGAUUACGUUGAUCUUUACUUGAUGCAUUGGCCUUUGGCUAUGAAUCCAAAUGGUAAUCACCCUAUCUUCCCUAAGCUUCCUGAUGGCUCGCGCGAUAUUGACCACGAUCACUCGCAUGUCACUACGUGGAAGAGUAUGGAGAAGCUAGUCGGCUCUGACAAGGUCAGGGCUAUCGGUGUUUCGAACUACAGUGUCCCGUACCUGGAAGAGCUUCUACCUCAGGCCACUAUCGUACCAGCUGCAAACCAGAUUGAGAACCACCCCUCUUUGCCUCAGCAGGAGAUUGUCGAUUUCUGUCAGGGAAAGGGCAUCCAUAUCACUGCCUAUAGUCCUCUUGGUAGCACUGGCAGUCCUCUUUUCACUGCUGAACCUAUUGUGGCUGUUGCUAACAAGAAGGGAGUUACUCCCGCUUCUGUUUUGCUGAGUUGGCAUAUUGCUCGUGGCUCUUCCGUGCUCGCCAAGUCUGUUACUCCAUCACGUAUUGAGGAGAACCGGAAUGGUUUGAUCAAGUUGGAUGCUGAGGACCUCGCUACUAUCCAGAAGUACUCGGAUCAGCUUGCUGCUGAUAAGGGUUUUCAGCGUUUUGUGUUUCCUCAGUUUGGCAAGAACUUUGGGUUCCCUGAUAAAUUUUGA